UUGGACAACCCUGACAGGUUCUCAGGGGAACUUCACUCUGCUCCGGGUAUUUAUAAGGUUCUGUUAGAGAAAUCUGACGCAAAAAGUUUGACAUAUGUGCCRGCUUUGCAUUAAAGGUGAUCACGAUCUCCUGACUAAUGUAUUUUUCCAGAUGUGCGGAGUUGGAGGAAGUGUGUUAAAGACGCAGCGUGGCUCAGGAACCAGGUGGUGGCGCCAGUGACGGAGGACGGAACAUGCUGCYGAUGUUGAUGCCUUGCACUGGAGCCACAGCUGUUAUCUUCAUUGCUCCUCUGUUCUUUGGUGUUGCUCUUCUUCACCACAUCAUAGAGCAGCUUCACCUGGGAAAGGACAAUGUGAGUGCCWUCUUCCUGGGGGCAGGUCACAUUGUGGGUCCAGUUUUGUGCCAUUCAUUCUGCAACAGCCAGGGUGUCCCUGACAUUGGUUCCAGCUCUGAGCCGCCCUCAGCGUUCAGCAGUGCUGAUCUGCUAUCUGACUGGAGUCCUGCUGUUUCUGGUGGUGCUCUUCCCCUUCACAGACCCCUUCCUCUGUGGAGCCAGACCUGUCUGCAGCCUCRCCGCCUCUCAAGCAUUGGAAUGUUGAUUGAGAAAAUGUCAAAUACUCAAGAAAGUCGUGAAAAAUAAAGUUUUGAGACAGAUUUUAACUUUAAUAUAA